AGAGCUUAACCUAAAAAAAGUAAAAAAAAGAGAGGAGAAUCGGAUUUCAAUUUAUUUCUCCUUUGAUUCAAAUGAAUUUAAAUCUCAGCCCUGUAAAGGUCUUGUAGUACAACUAUGUGUAGUUUGAAUAAUCAAGUCACUUUUAUUUUAAUCAUCUAUAUUCAAAUUUCGUUUACUUUUGGGACUAUCCCCCUGUCAGAGGGUUUGCAUCAGAUUUAUGCAAGGAAUGCAGCAGACCUCAAAAAGUUCGGCGAAAACUGCACUCGAAAUACAGAAUGUGUUUCCGAAGCGAUUUGCCUGGGCACCUGUCGAUGCAAGAGCACACAUGUUCCCGUAGAAGAGCAAUGUUGGAAAAAAAUCGAACCGGGAAACGUCGGCUGCACGUUUGACGAGCAGUGUGAAGGUGUCUGGCCAAUGACCAGGUGUCAAAAUGGGCAAUGUGAAUGUUCAGAAGAGGAAACUUUGAUUGAAACGCCUGAAGGAAAUGUUUGUGUCUUGGAAGGAAAUUGCCCAACAAACAAUGUGAACGGAGCUCUCUACGAUCGUGCCACUCACCGGGUCUCCACAUGUCUCACUUUUACUUCUAAAAAGGAUAAGAACACGCAACAAUUUAUCGGUUGUGAUGAGUACCCAGAAGUCUACGACUGCAUCGGUGGAACCUGUUGUCCGACACGUGGAAUGACGUGUAUCCAGCCUCUGAACACGGGCGACACAAAAGAUGCGGGGGCGGUGGUGGUGGCUGAUGAGAGAUGGUGGUACAGUAGUGUCACCGGAAAGUGUAUACCAUUCAAGUACACCGGACAAGGCGGCAAUUCAAAUAAUUUUCUGACGCAGUGGCAAUGUGAAUCCUAUUGUGGAGGAAGAUGUACACGAGGGGACCCCCUACCCUUCGAUGAUCCGAUCCCCACCACCACCGACAAUCACAUUUGCAAAACUCACGAAUCGGGGCGUCAACUGUGUUGCCCAACGCCCACCUUCAUCUGCAGUAGUCUGGGUGGUGUUAACGUCGACAAAACCACCAUGAGACCCUUCUCAUCGGGAUCACCACGACGCGGGGCCGACACUAUUCAACGUUGGUAUUGGGACACCAAUGAUCUGACGUGUCGGACAUUUAAGUAUCACGGACAGGGCGGGAAUUUCAAUAAUUUCGGUGACAAGCAAGGGUGUUUGGACUUCUGCACAGAAAAGCUAUGCUCUCAUGGUUCCCCGCUAAAUGACCCAAGUGACAAUGUGCAAAGAUGCUCCGGGAAGGAGCAUUGUCCGGAAACCCAUGACUGUAAGAAUACGGUCUGCUGUCCCAAGCCGGCUGCCACGUGUCUCCAGCAACUCCGCACCCGAGACAACUGCGAGCAAGGAGAGACCGUCACAAAAUGGACCUACUCCACGGAGCAUAACAUGUGCAAAUCGGUGCUUGCCAGCAGAUGUCUGAAGGGGGACAAUCAGUUCGACUCGAUCGAGGAGUGUCAGUCCGUGUGCUCCAGUGUCCAGGCUCAGCCGAAAUGUCCGAUUGGGAGGGCAUACAAGGGAUCGAAUCAGGUUGUGUUGAGGUGCUCAUCUGCGAAGAGGUGUCCGUCGAAUUACGAGUGUGUCUAUACAGGAACUAUGCAUGCAUGCUGUCCGUCGAGAGAACUAACCUGCAACCAGGGCCUCCAAGUCGGCACAACUUGCGGUUUGUCAACACUCCAGCGGUGGUACUACGACCCGUUGCACAAUCGUUGCAAUCAAUUCGAAUAUCAGGGAUGUAAUGGGAAUGACAAUAAUUUUGUGACACGCGUGGAUUGUAUUGAGACGUGUCACCGAUCUGAUUGCCCCGACGGAGGAGAUGCGCUGAUUGAUUCGAGUAAUGGAAGGAUCAUUGCGUGCGAAAGGAAUGAUGAUUGCCCGAGUACUCAUACGUGUACACGGCAGCUAUACUCCAACCGAACCUCUUGCUGCCCAUCUCGGAAAUGGAUCUGCUCCCACGAUGCGAAUGAAGGCAUCUCCUGUGGUACACCCUCUAAGAGGUUCUACUUCGACGCGAAUACGGAGACGUGCCACCAAUUCACCUAUCUCGGAUGUGCAGGCAAUGCGAAUAGCUUCUCGAAUCGCGUGGCUUGUUAUCAGUUUUGUCAGAGUGCCUCCUGCUCGUCUUCCGAGGUGAUCUAUCAACCCUCGAAUCUCGAUGAGCCCUUCGAUUGCUCCCUGAAAACCUGCCCGAGACAUUUUUCAUGCGUCAAGAGCGUUUGGGACGAGACGAAAAACGUGUGUUGCGGAAGUCCCAAUUUCGGGGUAUGCUCGUCGACUCAGCACCCGAUGUUGCUCUUCAGUACCCAGCAACCUAUGACGUGUACUCCAAAUAGUCAGAACUCCUGUCCGUUAGGCUUCCAAUGCACAUAUAGCUCUAUCCGAAUGCUCUACUUCUGUUGCCGGGACAUUGUGCGAAUCGACAAAUGUCUUCAAGGAUCUCGCCCUGAAAUCUGGCAGAGCACCGCCGAGCCAAGAGCCUGCUCCAGGGAUGCUCAGUGCCCGUCGACCACUUCCUGCUAUGCUCCAACUCCAUUUUCGUCGGGGCUUUGUUGUGCGAGUAUUGAUGAAGUUUGUCCGGCAACUUUUAUAUAUGAAGAGGAGAAGUCUGGCAAUGAGCAAUGCUCUCCGCUGGAGAAGAACACUUGUGGACAGGAUGGCCAAUCCGUCUGCCUUUACUCCGACGUGAAAGCUCGUUUCGUGUGCUGCCGCCGUGAGGCACGACAAAUCCAGGCUCUAGCCAAAUGCCCACCUGGCUCAAUUGUGGAGCUCACCAAAACCUACUGCGAUCCGGAAAAUCCAUGCCAGAAAACGCAUUUUUGCAUGAAGAAAUCGACAGAUCGAAAGGGAAUUUGCUGUCGACAUCCCAGCUUGAAACGCGUAAUGCCGUUGCGGACCAGAAAGUUGGGGGUAGUGUCAAGGAAACAGACUCCUAGGUAUCGCUGCCCAAAAGGCGACAAAGUCCUAAAACUAAAUGGGGAUGUGUUCCAAUGCACAACGACCGAUGACUGCCCGGAAUUCCACAAAUGCACUGCCCAAGGGUCUGUCUCUAUCUGCUGUGGCCUAGAAAUCCAAGAUAUCUGCCCGACACGUGUUUACCCGUCAAUUCGAGUCCAAAAAUGCUCAAUGUGCGGAGCCGGAUAUGAAUGUCACAAGAAUUACUGCUGUCCCCAGAAGGAAGUAGCUUGUGCUCAACCGAUUCCGGAGCUCGAGGAAGAAUCCGAUGACUCGUUGCUCCGAUAUUACUACGAUUCGGAGACCAACACGUGUCAUUCGUUCAAUUUUUAUAGAAAAGGAAAUGCUCACGGAGCAACUGCUCAGAACCAUUUUGCGGAUCACACGGCUUGCAUCGAAAUGUGUGUACAUAGCUCAAUUGAGCAUCUUCAAUGCCCCCACCCGUACUUAAAUCCUCUGGACCAUCCACAAAUGUGCAUUACCAGCUUGAAGUCGUGCUCCGACUCGGAGACCUGUCUGAAAACCACGAGUGGCGGGAAUUUUGUGUGUUGUCAGCAUCCGCCUUCUUUCCAGACCCUCAUGAACAACUUGUGCGGCGCCAACUAUCAGCCGACACUGAACAAGUCGGGGAACCCCAUUAGAUGCUCGUCGAGCAGCCGAUGUGCUAGUAGGAUAUGCAGGCAGAGUCCGGUGCUGAGAUAUAGUAUUUGUUGUCAGAGGAGAACGCCAAAAACACGUCUCUUAAUCCGUCCGCUGUCUGAGGGUCAGAUUAGGAAGCCGAUUUGUAGGUCGGAAGCCGAGUCAAACAUGGGCUCCUGCCUUCCAAAACUUUUUGCGGGUGAGACCGGUUGUGAGGCUGACGAGCAAUGUGGGGCUCCGGCAACUUGUAUGGAGCAACGAUGUGCAUGUCCUAAAGGCACCGUGCAGUUUAGGAGGAUGUGUGCGUCAGUUUGCCCAUUGUUCUACAAGAAUUUGAAUGGAAUUUGCGUGUGAGCCAAAGGAUUAAGUCCCGCCCCUUCCCUCCGCGUCAUCAGAAACUUUUGCACACACACAUACAAGAAGAUGAAGAAAGCAGUGGGGGAAAAGGGGGAUUAUUUUAUUUUCACAUCACUUCAUCAUUUCAUUUGGUUGUUUCUUCUUACUCAUCACGCUUGUACUACACGGGUACUUUUUCUUCCGCACGGACACACAAUUUUUUCAUGUUUCCAAAAUUGGUUCUACUAUAAACAUUUUUUCA